AUGGUGAUAUCUAGACGGAAUCGGCGCCGCACAGCUGGCGCUGCGGGCCAGGGUCAUGGCGAGCGAUCGUCGCUGUUUCAAUUCAGCCACGUGGCACGGAGCAAGCGAUUUUGGCUGAUCUGCAUCGCGCUCGUGGCGGGAUAUAACCUCCUCGUCAUGAAUCUCGCAGGUCGGGAGGUGGACAGCCCCCCUCUCCGCGUGUGGUCCUUCCUAUUGGGCGGCAGUGACGUGGAGCGCGUACCUGGCGACCCCGCAUUGGCUGACGAGCCCACCGCUGACGUCACCACCAAGGCUCUGUACGACGAGAUCGCGUUCGAGAACCUUCCGGGAGGCGUGUGGACGCAGGGUUUCCCCCUGGAAUACACGGGGCAUGAGUGGGACGAGGAGCCAUUGCGAGUGCUGGUGGUGCCGCACUCCCACAACGACCCUGGUUGGCUGGAGACAGUGGAGCAGUAUUACAGGUCGAGCACGCGCGGCAUCAUUGAUACCAUCGUCAACUCCCUCUCCGAGAAACCGACUCGCAAGUUCAUAUGGGAGGAGAUGUCGUACCUGUCGCGGUGGUGGAUGGACGCGAGUGAGGAGAUGAAGGGCAAGCUCAAGGCGCUCCUGCAGAACGGACAGCUCGAGAUCGUGGGCGGCGGAUGGGUCAUGAACGAUGAGGCAAACUCUCAUUACUUCGCCAUCCUGGAACAGAUAACGGAGGGCAACACGUGGCUGCACGAUGCAGUGGGGGUGGUACCCACCAAUUCAUGGUCCAUCGACCCCUUCGGCUACAGUGCCACCAUGCCCUACCUGCUGCACCAGUCCGGCUUCCACAACAUGCUCAUUCAGCGCGUGCACUACGAGAACGUGGCAGAGAGGGCAGCGACCAUUCUCGACCAGUGGCGCAAGAAAUCUCUCCUCUAUCGUUCCAAAGUCGUGCUGGUCCCUCUGGGCGACGACUUCAGGUAUCCAACCAUGCGGGAGGCCCAAGCGCAGUUCACCAACUACGAGCUGCUCUUUGACUACUUCAACUCCCACCCGCACCUAAGAGUCAACGCCAGCUUCGGCACCCUGGGAGACUAUUUCAACGCUGUCCGAGAGGCCGCUGUUAGAGACGCUACUCUUCACAGCAAGGGCGCUGUUAACGAGGCUAGUGCUGUUAAUGAGGCGACUGCUGUUAACGAGAGCGGCUGGUUCGGGCGCGGCGCAACCUGGCGCUGUUUCAACACCACGACGGCAUCACAGGGGCGUCUUAGGCACAAUAACACUGGCCCUGUCCCCCUCUUCUCUUCCUCUUCCUUCACCAGUUUCGCAGAGCGGCUAGUAAGGGCGAGGCGCAACCUGGCGCUGUUUCAACACCACGACGGCAUCACUGGCACGGCGCGGGACCCCGUGGUGGUGGACUAUGGGCUGCGCAUGCACACCGCUCUCAAUGACCUCAAUGACCUGAUGUGUGCGGCGGUGGUGGCGCUGCUAUCAGACUCGCCCACGCAGGACCCUGAGAAGUCGCCCGUACAGCUGCGCCCAGAGCAGCACCGCACGCAGCAACACAUCCUCCCCUCCCACCUCCCCCUCUCCUUCCCCGCUUCCUCCCCCCACACCGCCUCCUCCACUCCCGGGUCCGCUGGGGUGGGCGGUGGAGGAGAGGGAGAAGAGAGGGGCGCGGGGGCAGGUGGGACUGGGGAAGGUGGGACUGGGGAAGGUGGGACUGGGGAAGGUGGGACUGGGGAAGGCGUGGGGGCCAGGCGGCGUGUUCUGGAGGUGAAAGCAGGGGAGCAGCCAGGCACGGAGCAGAGGGGGCUAGAGGUGCAGGAGGAGGGAGGGGCGGGUGGCACUGUGCGGCGCGUUGUGGUGUAUAACCCGCUGGAGGAGGAGGUGAAGCAGGUCAUCUCCGUGGUGGUGGAAAUCCCUCUCGUCGCAGUGCUCAGCCCCAAGGGCACGUGCCUGCCAGCCCAGGUCAUGCCAGAGUGGGUCAACCCGCCAACCUUCACUCCCAAGCCUCCCCAAAACGCCUCCUCUACCACCACAACCAGUGCGGUUGCAGGAGGAGACGGAAUGAGUGAAGGAGCAGCGAGUGGAGCAGGAACGCUUAGGUUUCAUGGAGGGCUGCCAGGAGGAGGGCUGCCAGGAGGAGGGGUGGGAGGAGGAGGGGUGGGAGAAGGAGGGGUGGGAGGAGGGGUGGGAGAAGGAGGGGAGGUUGGUCAUAGGAUCCGGAACAGAGUGCAUGAUGAUGGUGACUUUGACGCUGCUGCUAGAUCUGACUUGCCCGACCAGGUCAUUACAGUGCGCAGCACAGAUACUGCUGCUGCUGGUGGUGAUGGUGCAGAGGUGGGGGUGGAGGAGGAUGAAGGGGAGCAGGGCAGUAAGGAGGGUGAUCUAGACUUGGAUGAGCUUCAGAAGGUAGCAGAGGCUGCUGCUAAGAUGGACAAGCAAGGGUGGGAGGAGGCAGCGGAUGGGCUGGAGGAGUCACAUGUUGUGGAUGAGCCAUUGUUGCAGGAGGAGGAGGAAGAGGAGCAUUUGAUGCCGGUUGUGCGCUCUGUCAUGCUCUACAAAGUCCGAGCCCCUCAGGGCUUGCUGAUAGAAACGCGCCACCACGUCAACAUCUCCUCAACAUCGGUUGACAACAAGGAGCUGGUGGUGCGCUACCGCACGUCCAUCGACUCCUCGCGUCUCUUCUACACCGACUCCAAUGGCUUCCAGACUGUUCGACGCGAGACGCUCCCCAAGCUGCCCACGCAGGGCAACUUCUACCCCAUGCCCGCCCUCGCCUUCCUCCAAGACCCCUCGGGCAUCCGGUUCUCAGUUCACACGCGCCAGGCUGUGGGCGUGGCCAGUCUCAAGACUGGCUGGUUGGAAAUGAUGUUGGAUCGCCGGCUCCCACAGGACGACAACAGGGGCAUGCAGCAGGGCGUGUUAGACAACCACCCCACCCACACCAUCUUCCACCUCGUCCUCGAAAAAAACACCUCUGCCCGCCCCUUCCCUGCCGCCGCCUCCUCCGCCGCCCUCCUCCCCUCCCUCACUUCGCAACGAAUCGGCUCCCGGCUAAACUACCCGGUGUAUCUUUUUGUCGGGCAGCCCGAAAGCCCGUCGAUAUUUGUUUCCGGGCAGGAUGGAGAUGCUGGACGAGGGGCGGGCAGGAAGGGGAGUGGCAGCAGCAGCAGCAAUGGAGGGAAGGCAGUGAAACCGGGUGUUUUGGCCGGCACUGUGGAGCCGAAGCCGGGCGGCCUUGGUUGGACGUAUGCUCCGUUGGGCCGCCCGUUACCGUGUAACAUGCAUGUGGUCAGCUUCAAGGUGCAUCGGCCCAUGCCCAAUGCCUCGGUGCAUUCGGAGCCGCCUCUAGCCCUGCUGCUGCACCGCAGGGGCUUUGAUCACAGCUUUGGGGGUGCGCACCGCGAGGCUCCCUGCAAGAUCACCCCCACCGGCCAAGUGCACCUUGCACGCCUCUUCUCCGGCGCUUAUGUAACAGAGUUCGAAGAGUUUCCACUUAACCUCGUCCGUCCCAGCCCGAUAGCAGCAGAUUCGGGGGGUCCUGGUCAGGGUUAUGAGGAUUCGCUGGGACUCGCGAACAUGCCGUACACCGGAAAGAGCUCGCUCGCUCUCAUCGCGAGGGUUUCGGCAGUUGGAGUGGGUCUCGCCUACGGCGCGGCGAUGCUCACGUACCUUCGGGCACAGAAGGCUGCAGCUGCAAAGAAGAAUCCUGGCCACCAUUGA